AAACCAGAACUCAGGGAGGAGUGGCUGUGUGACCGAGAACCCGACAAGAGAGACUGAAGGGAAGAGAGGAAGGAGGGGCGGGCUCCUGGCAAGGCAUUCGCUCCAGAACGGAAUCCUGCAAAGAUGGAGAAGGAAGAAGAAGCAACCCGGGAGCUGCUGCUGCCCAACUGGCAGGGCAGCGGCUCCCAUGGGCUGACCAUUGCCCAGAGAGAUGAUGGCGUCUACGUGCAGGAGGUGAUGCAGAACUCCCCUGCGGCCCGCACUGGGGUGGUCAAGGAGGGGGACCAGAUUGUGGGUGCCACCAUCUACUUUGACAACCUGCAGUCGGGUGAGGUGACGCAGCUGCUGAACACCAUGGGGCACCACACGGUGGGCCUGAAGCUGCACCGCAAGGGGGACCGCUCCCCCGAGCCCGGCCAGACCUGGACCCACGAAGUCUUCAGCUCCCGCAGCUCUGAAGUGGUUCUGAGCGGGGAUGAUGAGGAGUACCAGCGCAUCUACACCACGAAGAUCAAGCCUCGGCUGAGGUCGGAGGACGGAGUGGAAGGUGACCUUGGGGAGACCCAGAGCCGCACCAUCACAGUGACCAGAAGGGUCACGGCCUACACUGUGGAUGUGACCGGCCGAGAAGGAGCCAAGGACAUCGACAUCAGCAGCCCUGAAUUCAAGAUCAAGAUCCCAAGGCAUGAACUGACUGAAAUCUCCAGUGUGGGUGUGGAGACCCAGUCAGGGAAGACAGUGAUCAGACUGCCCUCGGGCCCAGAGGCAGCCUCUCCAGCCACGGGCUCUGCGGUGGACAUCCAAGCAGGGGCCGUUUCUGCUUUGGGACCAGAGUUCCAAGGUCCUGGGCACUCGAAGCUCCAAGUCACCAUGCCUGGGAUAAAGGUGGGAAGCUCAGGUGUCAAUGUCAGCACAAAGGGCAUAGACUUGGGUGGCAGAGCAGGGGUCCAAGUUCCAGCAUCGGACAUUUCGUCUUCUCUUGGGGGUGGGGCAGUGGAGGUGCAGGGCCCAUCCCUCGAGAGUGGUGAUAAUGGGAAAAUUAAAAUUCCUACCAUGAAGGUGCCAAAAUUUGGUGUCUCGACAGGGGCCGAGGGCCAGGCACCAGCGGCCAAGCUGAGUGUUUCUGCACCUGAAUUCUCUGUGGGGCACCAGGGCGGCAGGCCAGGCUCGACUAUCAGUGGGAACAUCCAGGCCCCUCAGCUGGAAGUCAGUGUCCCCUCUGCCAAUGUUGAGGGGCUUGGGGGGAAGCUGAAGGGCCCCCAAAUCACUGGGCCAUCUCUUGAGGGUAACCUAGGCUUGAAAGGUGCCAAGCCACAGGGGAGCAUUGGGGUGCACACCUCUGCUCCCAAAAUCGGGGGCAGCAUCACCAGCCCCAGUGUGGAAGUUUGUGCCCCUGAUGUUGAUGUUCAUGGGCCUGGAGGCAAACUGAAUGUGCCCAAGAUGGAAGUCCCCAAAUUCUCUGUUUCGGGUUCAAAGGGAGAGGGAGCUGGCAUUGAGGUGGCACUGCCCACAGGUGAAGUGACUCUUCCUGGAGUCUCUGGGGAUGUCAGUCUGCCUAAGAUUGCUACUGGUGGGCUGGAAGGGAAGACGAAAGGUGCUAAAAUCAAGACUCCUGAAAUGAUAAUUCAGAAACCUAAAAUUUCUAUGCAGGAUGUGGAUCUGAGCCUCGGGUCUUCUAAACUGAAAGGAGAUGUUAAAGUUUCUGCUCCUGGGGUGCAAGGUGAUGUCGAAGGGCCUCAAGUGGCAGUUAAAGGCACCAGAGUGGACAUAGAGACACUGAACCUACAGGGGACCUUGACAGGCCCCAAGAUUGGCAGUCCUGGAAAAACAGGAACCUGUAGCAUCUCUAUGGCAGAUGUAGACUUAAGUGCUGCAGCACCUAAAGUGAAAGGGGGCAUAGAUGUCACACUCCCAAAAGUAGAAGGGAAAGUCAAAGUUCCUGAAGUUGAUGUCAAAGGCCCCAAAGUGGAUGUCAGUGUACCAGAUGUGGACGUUCAUGGCCCAGAAUGGAACCUGAAAAUGCCCAAGAUGAAAAUGCCCAAGUUCGGCACUCCAGGAGUCAAAGGGGAAGGCCCAGGUGUAGAUGUGACUCUACCCAAAGGAGAUGUCAGUAUUUCGGGGACCAAGAUCAAUGUGGAAGCCCCAAAUGUCAACAUGGAGGGUCUGGGGGCCAAAUUUAAAGACUCUGAUAUUAAGCUGCCUGAUGUGAGUGUCAAGACACCAAAAGUCUCCAUGCCUGAUGUAGAUUUGGAUGUUAAAGGCCCAAAGGUGAAGGGAGAGUAUGAUGUAACAGUACCAAAGCUUGAAGGAGAAUUGAAAGGCCCCAAAGUGAGCAUUGAUGCCCCAGAUGUGGAUGUUCACGGCCCAGACUGGCACCUGAAGAUGCCCAAGAUGAAAAUGCCCAAAUUCAGUGUGCCAGGGUUCAAACCAGAGGGCCCAGGAGUGGAUGUGAAUCUGCCCAAGGCUGAUGUGGACAUUUCCGGGCCCAAGGUGGAUGUUAGUGCUCCAGAGGUUAGCAUUGAGGGACCAGAAGGGAAAUUGAAAGGGCCCAAGUUUAAGAUGCCUGAGAUGAAUAUCAAAGCCCCGAAGAUCUCCAUGCCUGAUGUGGACUUACACUUGAAAGGCCCCAAUGUAAAGGGAGAAUACGAUGUUACAAUGCCAAAGGCUGAAGGUGAGAUUAAAGUUCCUGAUGUUGAACUUAAAAGUGCCAAAGUAGACAUUAAUGCCCCAGAUGUGGAUGUUCAAGGACCAGACUGGCACCUGAAGAUGCCCAAGAUGAAAAUGCCCAAGUUCGGCAUGCCUGGUUUCAAGGCAGAGGGUCCAGAAGUGGAUGUGAACCUGCCCAAGGCUGACAUUGAUGUCUCAGGACCCAAGGUAGAUGUUGAAGUUCCAAAUGUGAAUAUCGAAGGACCUGAAGGAAAGCUUAAGGGUCCCAAGUUUAAGAUGCCAGAGAUGAACAUCAAGGCCCCCAAGAUCUCCAUGCCUGAUGUGGAUUUACAUAUGAAAGGUCCCAAGGUGAAGGGAGAGUAUGAUGUAACAGUACCAAAGCUGGAAGGGGACCUGAAAGGCCCAAAAGUAGAUGUCAGUGCCCCAGAUGUUGAAGUGCAUGGUCCUGAUUGGAACCUGAAGAUGCCAAAGAUUAAAAUGCCCAAAUUUAGCAUGCCCAGCCUCAAAGGAGAGGGCACAGAAUUGGAUGUGAACCUACCCAAGGCUAACGUGGACAUUUCUGCACCAAAGGUAGAUAUUAGUGCUCCAGAUCUGAGCCUUGAAGGACCUGAAGGAAAGUUGAAAGGCCCUAAGUUUAAGAUGCCCGAGAUGCACUUCAAAGCACCUAAGAUGUCUAUGCCAGAUGUCAACCUGGAUCUUAAAGGACCCAAAAUGAAAGGAAAUCUAGAUAUAUCUGCACCAAAAAUAGAAGGUGAAAUGAAUGUUCCAGAUGUGGACAUCAAAGGUCCAAAGGUAGACAUUAAAGCACCUGAUGUGGACGUUCAAGGCCCAGAUUGGAGUCUGAAAAUGCCAAAGAUGAAAAUGCCCAAGUUCAGCAUGCCCAGCCUCAAAGGCGAGGGUCCAGAUGUGGAUGUGAACCUGCCUAAAGCUGACAUUGAUGUCUCAGUACCCAAGGUGGACAUUGAAGCUCCAGAUGUGAGCCUUGAGGGCCCAGAAGGGAAGCUGAAGGGUCCCAAGUUUAAGAUGCCUGAGAUGCACUUCAAAGCCCCCAAGAUCUCCAUGCCUGAUGUGGACUUACACUUGAAAGGCCCCAAAGUCAAAGGGGAUGUGGAUGUGUCAGUGCCCAAGGUAGAAGGUGAGAUGAAAGUGCCAGAUGUUGACAUCAAAGGGCCCAAAGUGGACAUUGAUGUCCCAGAUGUUGAUGUUCAUGGCCCUGACUGGAACUUGAAAAUGCCAAAGAUGAAAAUGCCCAAGUUCAGCAUGCCCGGUUUCAAAGCAGAGGGCCCAGAUGUCGAUGUGAACCUGCCCAAGGCUGACAUUGAUGUGUCUGGACCCAAGAUGGACAUUGAAGCCCCUGAUGUGAACCUUGAGGGGCCAGAAGGGAAGCUGAGGGGUCCCAAGUUUAAGAUGCCUGAGAUGCACUUCAAGGCCCCCAAGAUCUCCAUGCCUGAUGUGGACUUACACUUGAAAGGCCCCAAAGUCAAAGGGGAUAUGGAUGUGUCAGUGCCCCAGAUAGAAGGUGAAAUGAAAGUGCCAGAUGUUGACAUCAAAGGGCCCAAAGUGGACAUUGACGCUCCAGAUGUUGAUGUUCAUGGUCCUGACUGGCACCUGAAGAUGCCGAAGAUGAAAAUGCCCAAGUUCAGCAUGCCCGGUUUCAAAGCAGAAAGUCCAGAAGUGGAUGUGAACUUGCCGAAGGCUGACAUUGAUGUCUCAGGACCCAAGGUGGACAUUGAAGUCCCUGAUGUGAGCCUCGAGGGUCCAGAGGGGAAGCUGAAGGGUCCUAAAUUUAAGAUGCCUGAGAUGCACUUCAAGUCCCCCAAGAUCUCCAUGCCUGAUGUGGACCUGAAUCUUAAAGGGCCCAAAGUAAAGGGUGAUGUGGAUGUGUCUUUGCCUGAAGUAGAAGGUGAAAUGAAAGUGCCGGAUGUUGACAUUAAAGGGCCCAAAGUUGACAUCAGUGCUCCAGAUGUUGAUGUUCAUGGCCCCGACUGGCACCUGAAGAUGCCCAAAAUGAAAAUGCCCAAGUUCAGCAUGCCCGGUUUCAAAGGAGAGGGCCCAGAAGUGGAUGUGAACCUACCCAAAGCCAACAUUGAUGUCUCAGGACCCAAGGUGGAUGUUGAAGUUCCAGAUAUGAAUAUUGAAGGUCCAGAUGCGAAACUAAAAGGUCCCAAAUUUAAGAUGCCAGAAAUGAAUAUAAAGCCUCAGAAAAUACCUAUGCCAGAUGUUGGUUUGCAUUUGAAAGGUCCUAAAAUGAAAGGAGAUUAUGAUGUUACAGCUCCAAAACUAGAGGGAGAGAUAAAAGCUCCUGAUGUUGAUAUCAAAGGCCCAAAAGUUGACAUUAACACACCAGAUGUGGAAGUUCAUGGUCCAGACUGGCACCUGAAGAUGCCCAAGGUGAAAAUGCCAAAGUUCAGCAUGCCUGGCUUCAAAGGUGAGGGCCCAGAAGUUGAUGUGAACCUGCCCAAGGCUGGUAUUGAUGUCUCAGGACCCAAGGUGGACAUUGGUGCUGCAGAUGUGAAUCUUGAAGCUCCAGAGGGAAAACUAAAAGGCCCUAAGUUCAAGAUGCCAAGCAUGAAUAUACAGACACACAAAAUCUCUAUGCCUGAUGUUGGACUUAAUCUGAAAGCCCCUAAGCUGAAAACAGAUGUAGAUGUUUCCCUUCCCAAAGUGGAAGGAGACUUGAAAGGUCCUGACAUUGAUGUGAAAGCCCCUAAGAUGGAUGUUAAUGUUGGUGAUAUUGAUAUUGAAUGUCCAGAAGGAAAGUUGAAAGGCCCCAAGUUUAAGAUGCCAGACAUGCACUUCAAGGCCCCCAAGAUCUCCAUGCCUGAUGUGGACUUACACUUGAAAGGCCCCAAAGUCAAAGGGGAUGUGGAUGUGUCAGUGCCCAAGGUAGAAGGUGAAAUGAAAAUGCCAGAUGUUGACAUCAAAGGGCCCAAAGUGGACAUUGACGCUCCGGAUGUUGACGUUCAUGGUCCUGACUGGCACCUGAAGAUGCCGAAGAUGAAAAUGCCAAAGUUCAGCAUGCCUGGCUUCAAAGCAGAGGGCCCAGAUGUGGAUGUGAACCUGCCCAAGGCCGACAUUGAUGUGUCUGGACCCAGUGUGGACAUUGAUGCUCCUGAUUUGGAAUUUGAGGGGCCAGAAGGAAAAUUGAAAGGCUCCAAAUUUAAGAUGCCCAAAUUGAAUAUCAAAGCUCCCAAGAUAUCCAUGCCAGAUGUGGACUUGAAUUUGAAGGGACCGAAAGUGAAAGGAGAGAUUGAUGCUUCUCUACCAGAACUGCAAGGUGAUCUCAGUAGCCCGCAAGUUGACAUCAAGGGUCCUCGUGUAGAUGUGGAGGUGCCUGAUGUUGAUCUGGAGUGUCCUGAUGCAAAGUUGAAAGGCCCCAAGUUUAAGAUGCCGGACAUGCACUUCAAGGCCCCCAAGAUCUCCAUGCCUGAUGUGGACUUACACUUGAAAGGCCCCAAAGUCAAAGGGGAUGUGGAUGUGUCUGUGCCAAAAUUGGAAGGAGAUUUGAAAGGCCCCAGUGUCGAUGUGGAGGUGCCUGAUGUUGAUCUGGAGUGUCCUGAUGCAAAGUUGAAAGGCCCCAAGUUUAAGAUGCCAGACAUGCACUUCAAGGCCCCCAAGAUCUCCAUGCCUGAUGUAGACUUACACUUGAAAGGCCCCAAAGUCAAAGGGGAUGUGGAUGUGUCAGUGCCCAAGGUAGAAGGUGAAAUGAAAAUGCCAGAUGUUGACAUCAAAGGGCCUAAAGUGGACAUUGAUGUCCCAGAUGUUGACGUUCAUGGUCCUGACUGGCACCUGAAGAUGCCGAAGAUGAAAAUGCCCAAGUUCAGCAUGCCUGGCUUCAAAGCAGAGGGCCCCGAUGUCGAUGUGAACCUGCCCAAGGCUGACAUUGAUGUCUCGGGACCCAAGGUGGACAUUGAAGCCCCUGAUGUGAACCUUGAGUGUCCAGAAGGGAAAUUGAAGGGUCCCAAGUUUAAGAUGCCUGAGAUGCACUUUAAGGGUCCCAAGAUCUCCAUGCCUGAUGUGGACUUACACUUGAAAGGCCCCAAAGUCAAAGGGGAUAUGGAUGUGUCUAUGCCAAAAUUGGAAGGAGAUUUGAAAGGCCCCAGUGUUGAUGUGGAGGUGCCUGAUGUUGAUUUGGAGUGUCCUGAUGCAAAGUUGAAAGGCCCCAAGUUUAAGAUGCCAGACAUGCACUUCAAGGCCCCCAAGAUCUCCAUGCCUGAUGUGGACUUACACUUGAAAGGCCCCAAAGUCAAAGGGGAUGUGGAUGUGUCAGUGCCCAAGGUAGAAGGUGAAAUGAAAAUACCAGAUGUUGACAUCAAAGGGCCCAAAGUGGACAUUGAUGUCCCAGAUGUUGACGUUCAUGGUCCUGACUGGCACCUGAAGAUGCCGAAGAUGAAAAUGCCCAAGUUCAGCAUGCCCGGUUUCAAAGCAGAGGGCCCAGAUGUCGAUGUGAACCUGCCCAAGGCUGACAUUGAUGUCUCGGGACCCAAGGUGGACAUUGAAGCCCCUGAUGUGAACCUUGAGGGUCCAGAAGGGAAGCUGAGGGGUCCCAAGUUUAAGAUGCCUGAGAUGCACUUCAAGGCCCCUAAGAUCUCCAUGCCUGAUGUUGAUUUUAACUUAAAGGGGCCAAAAAUCAAAGGCGAUGUUGAUGUUUCUGCCCCCAAGCUGGAGGGAGAUUUAAGGGGUCCAGAAUUGGAUGUCAAGGGCCCUAAAUUGGAUGUUGACAUGCCAGAAGUAGCUGUGGAAGGCCCAGAUGGCAAAUGGAAAAGUCCCAAGUUCAAGAUGCCAGACAUGCACUUUAAAGCUCCCAAAAUCUCCAUGCCAGACAUUGAUCUGCACUUAAAGAGUCCCAAGGUAAAGGGAGAAGUGGAUGUAGAUGUUCCCAAAUUAGAAGGUGACUUCAAAGGGCCACAUGUGGACAUGAGUGGGCCAGACAUUGACAUAGAAGGCCCAGAGGGCAAAUUGAAAGGACCCAAGUUCAAGAUGCCUGAUAUGCACUUCAAAGCCCCCAAUAUUUCUAUGCCUGAUAUCGACCUAAAUCUGAAAGGACCAAAAAUCAAGGGGGAUGUAGAUGUGUCUGUGCCCGAGGUAGAAAGUAAAAUGAAAGUACCAGAUGUGAACAUCAAAGGCCCCAAAGUAGAUGUUGAUGCUCCUGAUGUUCAUGGCCCAGACUGGCACCUGAAGAUGCCUAAGAUGAAAAUGCCCAAGUUCAGCAUGCCUGGCUUCAAAGGCGAGGGCCCAGAAGUGGAUGUGAACCUGCCCGAGGCUGACAUUGAUGUUUCAGGACCCAAGGUGGACAUUGAAGGCCCUGAUGUUAAUAUUGAAGGACCAGAAGGGAAGUUGAAAGGGCCUAAGUUCAAGAUGCCUGAGAUGAACAUCAAAGCCCCCAAGAUCUCCAUGCCUGACUUUGAUUUGCAUCUGAAAGGUCCCAAGGUAAAGGGUGAUGUGGAUGUUUCUCUACCCAAAGUGGAGGGUGAUCUAAAGGGCCCUGAAGUUGAUAUCAAAGGCCCCAAAUUGGACAUCAAUGCCCCAGAUGUCGAUGUGCAAGGCCCAGACUGGCACUUGAAGAUGCCCAAGAUGAAAAUGCCCAAGUUCAGCAUGCCUGGUUUCAAAGGUGAGGGUCCAGAAGUGGAUGUGAACCUGCCCAAGGCUGACAUUGAUGUCUCAGGACCCAAAGUGGAUGUUGCAGGCCCUGAUGUUAACAUUGAAGGACCAGAGGGAAAGUUGAAAGGGCCUAAGUUCAAGAUGCCUGAGAUGAACAUCAAAGCCCCCAAGGUCUCCAUGCCAGAGUUUGAUUUACACAUGAAAGGUCCUAAAGUAAAGGGCGAUGUGGAUGUUUCUCUGCCCAAAGUGGAAGGUGACCUCAAGGGCCCCGAAGUAGACAUUAAGGGCCCCAAAGUGGACAUAAAUGCUCCGGAUGUUGAUGUUCAAGGCCCAGACUGGCACCUGAAGAUGCCCAAGAUAAAAAUGCCAAAGUUCAGCAUGCCUGGAUUCAAAGGUGAGGGCCCAGAUGUGGAUGUGAACCUGCCCAAGGCUGACAUUGAUGUCUCAGGACCCAAAGUGGAUGUUGAAUGUCCUGAUGUCGAUAUUGAAGGGCCUGAAGGAAAGUGGAAAAGCCCAAAGUUUAAGAUGCCUGAAAUGCAUUUUAAGACUCCAAAGAUAUCCAUGCCAGAUAUUGACCUUAAUCUAACAGGUCCAAAAAUAAAAGGAGAUGUGGAUAUUACAGGUCCCAAGGUAGAGGGAGAUCUGAAAGGCCCUGAAGUUGACCUCAAGGGGCCCAAAGUGGACAUUGAUGUUCCUGAUGUAGAUGUUCAAGGCCCAGAUUGGCACUUGAAGAUGCCCAAGAUGAAAAUGCCCAAGUUCAGCAUGCCUGGCUUCAAAGGUGAGGGCCCUGAACUGGAUGUGAAGGUGCCCAAGGCUGAUAUUGACGUCUCAGGACCCAAGGUGGACAUUGAAGGCCCUGAUGUUAAUAUUGAAGGACCAGAAGGGAAGUUGAAAGGGCCUAAGUUCAAGAUGCCUGAGAUGAACAUCAAAGCCCCCAAGAUCUCCAUGCCUGACUUUGAUUUGCAUCUGAAAGGUCCCAAGGUGAAGGGUGAUGUGGACGUUUCCCUUCCCAAAGUAGAAGGUGAUCUAAAAGGCCCAGAGGUGGAUAUCAAAGGCCCAAAGUGGACAUCAGUGCCCAGAUGUCGAUGUGCAGGCCCAGACUGGCACCUUAAGAUGCCUAAGGUGAAAAUGCCCAAGUUCAGCAUGCCUGGCUUCAAAGGAGAGGGUCCGGAAGUGGAUGUGAACCUGCCCAAGGCUGACAUUGAUGUCUCAGGACCCAAGGUGGACAUUGAAGGCCCUGAUGUUAACAUUGAAGGACCAGAAGGGAAGUUGAAAGGGCCUAAGUUCAAGAUGCCUGAGAUGAACAUAAGCCCCCAAGAUCUCAUGCCAGAUAUCGAUCUUAACUUGAAAGGCCCCAAAGAAGGGGAUAUGGAUGUGUCUCUGCCAAUGGAAGGUGAUGUGAAAGUUCCUGAAGUGGAUAUCAAAGCCCCAAAUGGACAUCGAUGCCCAGAUUGGGAUGUUCAUGGCCCAGACUGGCACCUGAAGAUGCCUAAGAUCAAAAUGCCCAAGUUCAGCAUGCCUGGCUUCAAGGUAGGCCCAGAAGUUGAUGUGAACCUGGCCAAGGCUGACAUUGAUGUCUCAGGGCCCAAGGACAUUGAUUUCAGAUGCUGAAUAAUUGAAGGUCCAGAUGCAAAACUGAAGGGCCCCAAGUUCAAGAUGCCUGAGAUGAAUAUCAAGGCUCCUAAAAUAUCAAUGCCAGAUUUGGACAUUAAUCUUAAAGGCCCUAAAAUGAAAGGAGAUGUGGAUGUUUCACUUCCUAAUGUAGCAGGUGAUUUGAAAGGGCCUACUGUUGACAUAAAGGGCCCGAAGUUAGAUGUAGAUGCUCCAGAUAUAGACAUUCAUGGCCCAGAUGCCAAAUUAAAAGGUCCAAAACUGAAGAUGCCCGACAUGCAUGUAAACAUGCCCAAGAUCUCCAUGCCAGAAAUUGACUUGAAUUUGAAAGGCUCAAAGCUGAAGGGAGAUGUUGAUAUUUCUGGGCCCAAACUGGAAGGUGACAUUAAAGGUCUUAAUAUGGAUGUAAAGGGCCCAGAAGUAGACAUUUCUGGUCCUAAACUCAAUGUUGAAGGCAAGUCAAAGAAAUCUCGUUUUAAGCUUCCCAAGUUUAAUUUUUCAGGCUCCAAGGUUCAGACACCUGAGGUUGAUGUCAAAGUUAAAAAGCCAGAUAUUGAUGUAACUGGUCCAAAAGUUGAUAUUAAUGCACCUGAUGUUGAGGUCCAAGGAAAAGUGAAAGGAUCCAAGUUUAAAAUGCCUUUCCUGAGUAUUUCUUCUCCCAAAGUUUCUAUGCCUGAUGUGGAACUAAAUUUAAAAGGUCCUAAAGUCAAAGGAGACUUAGAUGUUGCAGGUUCCAAUUUAGAAGGUGAAUUGAAAGGUCCUAAAGUAGAUAUUAAGGCACCAGAAGUCCAUCUCAAUGCACCUGAUGUGGAUGUUCAUGGUCCAGACUGGAAUCUGAAAAUGCCCAAGAUGAAAAUGCCCAAGUUCAGUGUGCCUGGCUUAAAAGCAGAAGGACCAGAUGUUGCUGUGGAUCUACCACAAGGAGGCAUGAACAUAGAGGGUCCAAGUAUGAACAUUGAGGGCCCAGGAAUCAAUGUGGAAGGUCCAGAGGGAGAGUUAAAAGGUCCCAAAUUCAAGAUGCCUGACAUAAAUGUCAAAGCCCCUAAGGUCUCUGUGCCUGACAUUGACUUAAACCUAAAGGGCCCCAAGGUGAAGGGUGACGUUGAUGUUUCUCUUCCCAAACUUGAAGGGGAUCUAAAAGGGCCAGAGGGUGAUAUCAAAGGCCCAAAAGUGGACAUUGGUGCCCCAGAUGUGGAUGUUCAUGGUCCAGACUGGCACCUGAAGAUGCCCAAGGUAAAAAUGCCCAAGUUCAGCAUGCCUGGCUUCAAAGGAGAGGGUCCUGAAGUGGAUGUUACCCUUCCUAAAGCAGACAUUGACAUUUCUGGACCCAAUGUAGACAUUGAUGUUCCAAAUGUGAAUAUUGAAGGUCCAGAUGCAAAACUGAAGGGCCCCAAAUUCAAGAUGCCAGAGAUGAACAUCAAAGCUCCCAAGAUUUCCAUGCCUGACUUUGAUCUGAACCUAAAGGGACCCAAAAUGAAGGGUGAUAUGGAUGUGUCCUUGCCAAAAGUGGAAGGUGAUCUAAAGGGCCCUGAAGUGGACAUGAAGGGCCCCAAAGUGGAUAUUGAGACUCCUGAUAUUAACAUUGAAGGCCCAGAGGGUAAGUUGAAGGGACCCAAAUUCAAGAUGCCAGAGAUGCACUUAAAAGCUCCCAAAAUAUCAAUGCCUGAUAUUGAUUUAAAUCUGAAGGGCCCCAAGAUGAAGGGUGAUGUGGACGUUUCCCUUCCCAAAGUAGAAGGUGAUCUAAAAGGCCCAGAGGUGGAUAUCAAAGGCCCCAAAGUGGACAUCAGUGCCCCAGAUGUCGAUGUGCAAGGCCCAGACUGGCACCUUAAGAUGCCUAAGGUGAAAAUGCCCAAGUUCAGCAUGCCUGGCUUCAAAGGAGAGGGUCCAGAAGUGGAUGUGAACCUGCCCAAGGCUGACAUUGAUGUCUCAGGACCCAAGGUGGACAUUGAAGGCCCUGAUGUUAACAUUGAAGGACCAGAAGGGAAGUUGAAAGGGCCUAAGUUCAAGAUGCCUGAGAUGAACAUCAAAGCCCCCAAGAUCUCCAUGCCAGAUAUCGAUCUUAACUUGAAAGGCCCCAAAGUGAAGGGUGAUAUGGAUGUGUCUCUGCCAAAAGUGGAAGGUGAUGUGAAAGUUCCUGAAGUGGAUAUCAAAGGCCCCAAAGUGGACAUCGAUGCCCCAGAUGUGGAUGUUCAUGGCCCAGACUGGCACCUGAAGAUGCCUAAGAUCAAAAUGCCCAAGUUCAGCAUGCCUGGCUUCAAAGGUGAGGGUCCAGAAGUUGAUGUGAACCUGGCCAAGGCUGACAUUGAUGUCUCAGGGCCCAAGGUGGACAUUGAUGUUCCAGAUGUGAAUAUUGAAGGUCCAGAUGCAAAACUGAAGGGCCCCAAGUUCAAGAUGCCUGAGAUGAACAUUAAAGCCCCUAAGAUCUCCAUGCCUGAUUUUGAUUUGCACUUGAAAGGUCCUAAGGUGAAAGGAGAUGUCGAUGUUUCUCUUCCAACAGUGGAAGGUGAUCUAAAGGCCCCUGAUGUUGAUAUUAAAGGUCCCAAAGUGGAUAUUGAGGCCCCAGAUGUGGAUGUUCAUGGCCCAGACUGGCAUCUGAAGAUGCCCAAGGUGAAAAUGCCCAAGUUCAGCAUGCCUGGCUUCAAAGGAGAGGGCCCAGAAGUGGAUGUUAAUUUGCCCAAGGCUGACAUUGAUGUCUCAGGACCCAAAGUGGACAUUGAUACUCCUGACAUUGACAUUCAUGGUCCAGAAGGAAAACUGAAGGGUCCCAAGUUUAAAAUGCCUGACCUGCACCUCAAGGCACCCAAGAUCUCCAUGCCUGAAGUUGAUUUGAAUUUGAAGGGUCCAAAGGUGAAGGGAGACAUGGAUGUUUCUCUGCCCAAAGUAGAAGGUGACCUCAAAGGCCCUGAAGUUGACAUCAAGGGGCCCAACGUGGACAUCCAUGCCCCAGAUGUUGAUGUUCAUGGCCCAGACUGGCACCUCAAAAUGCCCAAGGUAAAAAUGCCAAAGUUCAGCAUGCCUGGCUUCAAAGGAGAGGGUCCAGAUGUGGAUGUGAACCUGCCUAAGGCUGACAUAGCUGUCUCAGGGCCCAAGGUGGACAUUGAUGUUCCAGAUGUAAAUGUUGAAGGUCCAGAUGCAAAACUGAAGGGCCCCAAGUUCAAGAUGCCCGAGAUGAACAUCAAAGCCCCCAAGAUCUCUAUGCCUGAUAUUGACUUAAACUUGAAAGGUCCCAAAGUAAAGGGUGGUAUGGAUGUUUCUCUUCCUAAAGUGGAAGGUGACCUAAAAGGCCCUGAAGUUGACCUCAAAGGCCCCAAAGUGGACAUUGAUGUCCCUGAUAUGGAUGUUCAUGGCCCAGACUGGCACCUGAAGAUGCCCAAGGUGAAAAUGCCCAAGUUCAGCAUGCCUGGCUUCAAAGGAGAGGGCCCAGAAGUGGAUGUUACACUUCCUAAAGCUGACAUUGACAUUUCUGGCCCCAAAGUGGAUAUUGAUACCCCAGAUGUCAACAUUGAAGGUCCAGAUGCAAAACUGAAGGGCCCCAAAUUCAAGAUGCCAGAGAUGAACAUCAAAGCCCCCAAAAUCUCUAUGCCUGACAUUGACUUUAACUUAAAGGGUCCCAAAGUGAAGGGUGAUGUGGAUGUCUCUCUGCCCAAAGUGGAAGGUGAUCUCAAAGGCCCUGAAGUUGAUAUCAAGGUCCCCAGUGUGGACAUUGAUACUCCUGGUGUUAAUAUUGAAGGUCCAGAAGGAAAAUUGAAGGGACCCAAAUUUAAGAUGCCUGAAAUGAACAUCAAAGCCCCCAAGAUCUCUAUGCCUGACUUUGAUUUGCAUCUGAAAGGUCCCAAAGUAAAAGGUGAUGCGGACCUUUCACUACCUAAGGUGGAAGGUGAUCUGAAAGGGCCAGAGCUGGACAUUGAAGGUCCUGAAGGGAAACUCAAAGGUCCCAAAUUUAAGAUGCCUGAUGUUCAUUUCAAAACUCCACAAAUCUCCAUGAGUGACAUUGACUUAAACUUGAAAGGACCUAAGAUAAAAGGAGAUGUGGAUGUUUCUAUUCCUAAACUGGAAGGAGAUCUGAAAGGCCCCAAAGUGGACAUUAAAGGCCCUAAGCUGGACAUAGACACUCCUGACAUUGACAUUCACGGUCCAGAAGGAAAAUUGAAGGGCCCCAAGUUUAAAAUGCCUGACCUGCACCUCAAGGCCCCCAAGAUCUCCAUGCCUGAAGUUGAUCUAAAUCUAAAAGGUCCAAAAGUGAAAGGUGAUGUGGAUGUUUCUUUGCCCAAAGUAGAAGGUGACCUCAAGGGCCCCAAUGUUGAUAUCAGAGGUCCUAAAGUGGAUAUUGAUGUCCCAGAUGUUGAUGUUCAUGGCCCAGACUGGCACCUGAAGAUGCCCAAGGUGAAAAUGCCCAAGUUCAGCAUGCCCGGUUUCAAAGGUGAGGGCCCAGAUAUGGAUGUGAACCUGCCCAAAGCUGACAUUGAUGUCUCAGGACCCAAGGUGGACAUUGAUAUUCCAGAUGUGAGCCUUGAGGGUCCAGAAGGGAAGCUGAGGGGUCCCAAGUUCAAGAUGCCUGAGAUGAACAUCAAAGCCCCCAAGAUCUCCAUGCCUGAUAUCGACUUAAACUUGAAAGGUCCCAAAGUGAAGGGAGACAUGGAUGUUUCUUUGCCCAAAGUAGAAGGUGACCUCAGAGGCCCUGAAGUUGACAUCAAGGGCCCUAAGGUGGACAUUGAUAUACCAGAUGUAAAUAUUGAAGGUCCAGAUGCAAAACUGAAGGGCCCCAAGUUCAAGAUGCCUGAGAUGAACAUCAAAGCCCCUAAGAUCUCCAUGCCUGAUAUUGACUUAAACUUGAGAGGUCCCAAAGUCAAGGGAGACAUGGAUGUUUCUCUGCCCAAAGUGGAAGGUGACCUCAAAGGCCCUAAAGUUGACAUCAAGGGACCCAACGUGGACAUUAAUGCCCCAGAUGUGGAUGUUCAUGGCCCAGACUGGCACCUGAAAAUGCCCAAGGUAAAAAUGCCCAAGUUCAGCAUGCCUGGCUUCAAAGGAGAGGGUCCAGAAGUGGAUGUGAACCUGCCUAAAGCUGAUAUUGAUGUCUCAGGACCCAAGCUAGACAUUGACUUUCCAGAUGUUAAUAUCGAAGGUCCAGAUGCUAAACUGAAAGGUCCCAAGUUCAAGAUGCCUGAAGUAAAUAUCAAGGCUCCCAAGAUCUCCAUGCCGGAUGUCGACCUGGAUUUGAAAGGACCCAAAGUAAGAGGAGAUUGUGAUAUAUCUGUCCCUAAGAUGGAAGGUUCUUUGAAAGGCCCAGAGGUGGACCUUAAAGGUCCAAGUCUGGACUUUGAAGGCCCUGAUGCCAAACUCAGUGGCCCGGCUUUGAAGAUGCCAUCACUGGAUAUAUCUGCUCCUAAAGUAUCUGUUCCUGAUGUUGAUUUACACCUCAAGGCACCCAAAAUUGGAGUUUCUGGUCCGAAGAUAGAAGGUGCUGAAGUGGACCUGAAGGGGCCCAAAGUGGAUUUAGAAGCUCCAAGCUUAGAUGUACACAUGGAGAGCCCAGAUAUUAAUAUUGAGGGGCCAGAUGUUAAAAUCCCCAAAUUUAAGAAACCCAAGUUUGGAUUUGGGGCAAAAAGCCCCAAAGCUGACAUCAAGUCCCCUUCACUAGAUGUGACUGUUCCUGAGGCAGAGCUGAACCUUGAGGCUCCUGAAAUUAGUGUUGGUGGCAAGGGCAAGAAAAGUAAGUUUAAAAUGCCUAAAAUUCAUAUGAGUGGUCCUAAAAUUAAGGCCAAAAAACAGGGAUUUGAUUUGAAUGUUCCUGGGGGUGAAAUUGAUGCCAGUCUCAAGGCUCCUGAUGUGGAUGUCAACGUUUCGGGGCCGGACGCUGCACUCAAACUUGAUGUGAAAUCUCCCAAAACCAAGAAACCUAUGUUUGGAAAAAUGUACUUCCCAGAUGUAGAGUUUGACAUUAAAUCACCUAAAUUUAAAGCUGAAGCCCCCCUCCCUAGCCCCAGAAUGGAGGGUGAAAUCCAGGCGCCUGAUUUGGAUAUUUCUUCACCAGGGAUUAAUGUUGAAGGUCCUGACAUCAAGGUAAAGGCGCCCAAGUUCAAGAUGCCAGGUGUGGAUGUCUCAGGGCCAAAAUUAGAGGGUGAUUUGAAAGGUCCCAGGGUGCAGGCAAACUUGGACGCACCUGACAUCAAUGUUGAAGGCCCUAAUGCUAAAGUCAAGGCACCAUCUUUUGGCAUUUCUGCCCCUCAAGUCUCCAUCCCUGAUGUGAAUGUCAACUUGAAAGGACCAAAGAUAAAGGGUGAUGUCCCCAGUGUGGGACUGGAAGGACCAGACAUAGAUCUGCAAGGUCCAGAAGCAAAAAUCAAGUUCCCCAAGUUUUCGAUGCCCAAGAUCGGUGUCCCCGGUGUGAAAAUGGAAGGUGGAGGUGCUGAGGUCCAUGCCCAGCUUCCCUCUCUUGAAGGAAGCUUGAAUGCACCAGAUGUUAAGCUUGAAGGGCCUGAUGUCUCUCUAACGGGGCCAGGAGUAGACUUGCCUUCAGUGAAUCUCUCUAUGCCAAAAGUCUCUGGGCCUGACCUUGACCUGAACUUGAAAGGACCAAGUGUGAAGGGAAACGUGGAUACAUCUGUCCCUGGCAUGAAGGUGCAGGCUCCAGGGCUCGACCUCAGAGGUGUUGGUGGAAAGGUGCAGAUAGGAGGAGACGGUGUGAAAGUGCCGGGGAUCGAUGCUACGACAACACUUAACGUUGGGGCACCAGACGUGACACUGAGGGGACCAAGCUUGCAGGGAGACCUGGCUGUGUCUGGUGACAUCAAGUGCCCUAAAGUAUCUGUAGGAGCUCCUGAUCUAAGCUUGGAGGCAUCUGAAGGCGGCAUUAAACUUCCUAAAAUGAAGCUGCCCCAGUUUGGCAUCUCUACUCCAGGGUCCGACUUGGACAUUAAUGUCAAGGGGCCACAAGUUGCUGGAGAACUAAAGGGGCCAGGCGUGGAUGUGAACCUCAGAGGGCCUCAGAUUUCAGCACCGGACAUGGACUUUAACUUGGAAGGACCAAAAGUGAAAGGGAGCCUUGGGGCCACUGGUGAGCUGAGAGGCCCUACGGUCGCAGGAGGUCUUCCAGGCGUGAGUGUUCAAGGCAUAGAAGGAAACUUCCAGAUACCUGGAAUUAAGUCCUCUGGAUGUGAUGUGGCCCUGCCAGGUGUGCAUGUGAAACUCCCAACCGGGCAGAUUUCUGGUCCUGAAAUCAAAGGCGAUCUGAAAGGCUCAGGAGUAGGUUUCCACGGGGCUGCUCCUGACAUCGGCGUGAAGGGGCCGUCCUUCAGUGUGGCAUCUCCUGACUCAGAUCUUGGCGUCAGCUUGAAGGGCCCGAAAAUCAAAGGAGGUGUGGAUGUUUCCGCAGGUGUCAGUGCCCCAGAUAUCAGCUUGGAUGCAGGGCAUAUGAGUGUCAAAGGUUCCGGGGGUGACUGGAAGGGACCCCAGGUUUCCUCUGCUCUCAACUUGGACACAUCUAGGUUUGCUGGGGGCCUUCAUUUCUCAGGACCAAAGGUAGAAGGAGGUGUGAAAGGAGGUCAGAUUGGACUUCAGGCUCCGGGGCUGAGUGUGUCUGGGCCUCAAGGUCACCUGGAAAGCGGAUCUGGAAAAGUAACAUUCCCCAAGAUGAAGAUCCCCAAGUUCACCUUCUCUGGCCGUGAGCUGGUUGGCAGAGAAGUGGGGGUGGACAUUAACUUCCCUAAAGCAGAGGCCAGUGUCCAGGCCGGUGCCGGAGAAGGCGAGUGGGAGGAGUCCGAAGUAAAACUUAAAAAAUCCAAAAUCAAAAUGCCCAAGUUUAAUUUUUCCAAGCCUAAAGGGAAAGGUGGUGUCACUGGCUCGCCGGAAGCAUCCAUUUCUGGGUCCAAAGGUGACCUGAAAAGUUCAAAGGCCAGCCUGGGCUCUCUGGAAGGAGAGGCAGAGGCCGAAGCCUCUUCACCCAAAGGCAAAUUCUCCUUGUUCAAAAGUAAAAAGCCACGGCACCGCUCGAAUUCAUUCAGUGAUGAGAGAGAGUUCUCUGCACCUUCCACCCCCACGGGGACUUUGGAGUUUGAAGGUGGGGAAGUGUCGUUGGAAGGCGGGAAGGUGAAAGGCAAACAUGGGAAGCUGAAAUUCGGUACCUUUGGUGGGUUGGGGUCGAAGAGCAAAGGUCAUUAUGAGGUGACUGGGAGCGAUGAUGAAGCAGGCAAGUUACAGGGAAGUGGAGUGUCCUUGGCCUCUAAGAAGUCCCGACUGUCCUCUUCUUCCAGCAAUGACAGUGGGACUAAGGUUGGCAUCCAGCUUCCGGAGGUGGAGCUGGCAGUGUCCACAAAGAAAGAGUAGAGGCCUCUGUAUGUGUGUACAUAUAUAUAUAGCAACACAUCAGCCCGGCGUGUUUGUAUAUAAACUCCAGAGAGAAACACGCCGACAGCCUCAGCAAUAAUGCAAAGAUUUUGCCUCUCCCGCUGGCAAGCGCUGAAAAACCAACCGCCUUUAGGCUCCUGGAACUAUACAGCUAGGUAAAGAAUUCCAAGUUCGUCCAGCCCAUGUGCAAAAUCAGCAAUAUUUGCCUUAAGAUUUCAGGUUUUUUUGCAUUGAAUGCUGAGAGCUCCUGUUUACUAAGCAAGCUUUUGUGUUUUUGUUAUCCUCAUUUUUCCUGAACUUUGUUAGUCUUGGGGUAUUGGAAACCCACUUUUUCAUUGUAAUGCCUUUUGGGGCUUUUGUUAGUAAGGGGGGGUGGGGUAAUAGGCAGCAGAGGGGGCCACAUCCCAUUUCUCCUGAUAUUGGAUCCAUUCAAACAGCAAACACUCAAAGACGGCUGAAGGAGGCGGCAGCCGGGUGUGGGGUGUUUUUAGAGCUCUUUAGCAUUGCUUUUUCCCCAGGGGUGGCGGUCCCAGCUGGUUUAGUGCUGAUGGGGAGAGGGAAUUGAAAUUUGUUUGCAAAUUGUCCAACCCACCAGCUCAACAUGAGGGGCUCCAGUCUGUGUUUUGUAAGAGAAAUGUUUUAUUUACAACCGCCGUGCUCCUGAUACUCUGAUUUCUUUUAACAAAUGUUAUCAUGAUUAAGAAAAUUUCCAGCACUUUAAUGGCAAAUUAAUUGAGAAUGUAAGAAAAUCGAUGCUGUACCAGGCAAAUAAAGCUGUUUAUUAACCCUGA